UGUUGAUCGGGGGUUCUCGUUGCUUCUAUGGGACACGUCCCGGGUGGAAGUCGCCCGCACUCCAUCGAGCGCUUGCGCGAUAUGGCAGCAUCGUUCCGCGAUGCAAAGCUCGUACAUGCAGCUGAAGAAACAGCGAAAGACGCGCUCUGCGCUGGUGCGAUCUUCUUUGGCGGUGUGUCGCUGACGCAAUGCACUAUGUUGUUGUGCCGUGUGUCUGCGUCGAUGCCAGCAUUUCCCUCCAUCCUUGGUGGCGCUGGCGUGGCAGGAUCAAGUAUUCUUGUUGGGGCGUAUUGUCUUCGACGAACGGACCCGACCCCAGUGCAAAUGACAGCAGCAGCCACCACGGGCCUUCUCCUUUUUCGGUACCAUGACGCUCCACCUUGCAUCGUCAUGUAUGGACCACGUAGUCUCUUGGGAGGACGCUUCCGAGCUUUGGCACCAAGUGAUUUUCGGCAUCCUGGAGCGUUCGGCCAUGCAAAGAUCUCGCUACCAGCUACAUUGGAGUAUGCAGAUGGGAAUGUUCGCGCAGUCAUCCAGAGCUUUGGUCGCCUCUAUGGCUGCCACACGUGCGGCGUCCGAACCGCAAAGUUCCACGCUGAUCACCAACCACCGGUCAUGGUCGCCAAAGCAGAAAACGAGCGGCUUUGGAACCGCCUGAUUGCUGGUCCGGUCGUUCAAAGAUAUUACCCGCAAUGCGACGGGUGCUCAAAUAUCCAAGGGGCCCAGGUCAGGAAGAACGCACAAAAGCUGAAGCUUCACCUGCAGGCACUACGUGCGUACCAUGCGACUGGGUUCUGGAUGGUUCUGUUUGGAGCAGGGGGUUUGGGGGGUUACAUCGCGCAGUCUCCCGAGCCCGAAUCGUCGAUUAUCGAGCAGGUGGCGGCCCACGCCACUGAAGUAUUCCAGCCACCGACGCUGGCCAAGCUCCGAGAGCGCGAGGCAGCACUGAAGGUGCAGCAGCAAUCAGCGGAUGCCCAGCGAAAGAAGGACAUUGCCAUAGAGUUGGUUCAAAUUCGCGAAAAGAAAGCCCAACUUAAAGUAGCUGCCAAAGCGGCAUCAGCUCGUUGAACACACGAUGCAUUGAUUCAAGGCGUGCGAUCCACCAUGUAUUGCCGCCAGUCGCCA